UCGUAAGCUCUGCGCGACGUAGCGCCGGCGCAGGACAGGGUGCUGGGUCUGCCCAGUGUGCACCGUCUCCGCGGUCGCUGCUGUUUCCAACUGGCCAGCAGCGUCCCGGACGCUGGUAGUGGAGGUUGCUCCGGAGCCCGGUUGCACACCAGGCCAGUGGCUGACCCUGAGCCUCCACGUGCCACAGGGGCCCUCGGGAAGAAUGGCCACCAUGGGCAGUCUGCUUGGCUUGCUGCGGCGGCACGUGCUGACCCGGGCUGCUGCUGAGUAUUGCCGCCUGCACACGUCGUCCCGGCUCUCCGACAGCAACAGGGCCUCGCUCACGCGUGUGCGCCGGCAAACCUAUGCGCGCCUCUACCCAGUACUCCUGGUCAAGCAGGACGGCUCCACCAUCCACAUCCGCUACCCAGAGCCACGGCGAAUGCUUGAGAUGCCCGUGGAUCUGGACGCUCUGUCCCCAGAGGAGAGGCGGGCCCGGUUCCGGAAACGCAUGGCGCAGCUCACAGAGCAAAAGCAGCAGGAGCCAGAGCUGCACGACGACUUCGACGUGGAGCGGUACAAGCGGUUUUGGACCAAAAAGUGACCGUGCCUGGAAACUGGCUGGGUUGGGGACACCGUGGGCAGGGAGGGUGAGCCUUUAAAUGUGGUAUGUUCAUAAAGUCGCCUCCACCUCGCCUGUC